AUGCCGCAUCUCCUGGAAGAAAUUAUCAUCGAAAUCCUUUUGAGGUCAUCUCCUAAAUCUCUCUCAAAAUUCAGGUGUGUAUCAAAACCAUGGAGCCUACUAUUUAAUAACCUUAAGCUUAUUGAGAUGAUCAAAAAUAACUUUAGUAUCAUGCUUAUAAGUGGUUACGAUAUGUACUCUAUAGAUAACGAAUCAUUAUCAUCAUCAUUACCUAAUAGUAUUGAGAGGAUUCAUCGCCCACUUAUUGGUAUUUUCCGUGGGAUUAGUGUUGUGGGUUGUUGUAAUGGCUUGUUUUGCAUACGCAAUACUGGACAUCAUGAUUUUAGUUUAUGGAACCCAUCUACUGGGGACUGCAUAAGAAUACCAAGUCCACCUGGUGAUCAAUUUCAAGUUGGUUAUUAUUGGAAUGGCCAUGAAGGGAUAGGGUAUGGGUUUGGUUAUGACUCCAAGACCGAUGAUUAUAAGUUGGUGUGUUUUAUAAGCUAUUUCAACUUGAACCAAUCCGAAGCAAAGAUCUAUUCACUUAGAUCGGGUUCAUGGGAACAAUUCAAACGAACUCAGAAUAUCCCUUGGUUACUAUCUUCGCGAUCACCCAGAUACGGGGUGUUUCAUAACGGGGCUCUUCAUUGGCAAUCAUCUUCUUCUUCUAAAGCCUUAAUUGCUUUCCACGUGACAGAUGGGCUAACCAGAGGAAUCUCACCACAAAAAAACUCAAAUUUCGACAAGUUUUAUGGCACUCCAUGUAUUGAUGUGUUGGAUGGGUGUCUUUGCAUGAUUUAUUGUAAUGUAAAACUUGGUUUUGAAGUGUGGUUGAUGAAGAAUUAUGGAAAGAAAGAGUCGUGGACUAAGACUUACAGCAUCUCAAAAUUGACAUCACUUGAAACCCGAAGUUUCGGGGGCUUGAGAAGGAUCGAGUGUUUAAAAACUGGAGAGAUUCUAUUAGAGGUUUAUUACAACGAGAAGAAUGGGUUCUAUAAAGAAGCUUUGGUUUUAUACGAUCCAAAGAAUAAAACGUCCAUGGAUUUGAAGCCCGAUAAGGGUACAUGGUCUUCAAAUUCACUAUCAUUCCAUCGUUAUGUUAAGAGCGCGGUUUCAGUUUCCUUCAGUACUAAAGCCGACUAA